AUGGUGUCAUGUGCAUCCAUUAACUCACGUGCCCAUUCCUCUAUUCUACUUCCUAACGACGAUGACGAUUGUCGAUACGAGUUGCCGACGAGUACGCCACCGCCAUCGCGAUUCGUUGCAUCGCAACCGAUUUCUCUCAGGUCUCCCUAUUCCACGGACGAUGACUUGGCCGACUCGCCUCCGAUGGAGCGACUUUACUCUCCGCUCUCUUCGUCGGCGGAGUCUAUAAGCUCCAUCAAAUCGAGUUCGUCGUCGCGGUCUUCGGCCGAGCGCGAGAUUGAGCGUCAGCAGCGUCGACAGUUGCUUGAUGCUAGCUUGCUCAAGAUGCGCGCGUCUAACAACCUGCCUCUGCGGAAACAUCUGCUCGUCUACAACACCGUCAAGCAGCUCCAGCGCGAUCUGGAUCUGUUGGACGACGAGGAGUUGUACUGCAACCUUAUGGGUGAAGGCUGCGGCGAACGUAUGGACGUCGACGAGCGUCGUUGGCCAUUUGGUGCAACGUCGACCGCGUCGUCAACCAGUGCCGUGGCAUCCAUCCCGGUCACUGCGACGGUUGCACCUCCGCAGCAAGAGGAGCGCCGCGUAGCUGAGGAGGCCACUUCUCUUAUUUCCGAUGAUCUCGACAUGGAGGUGUGCCAGAUGGUUCAGCAGCAGCAGGCGCCAUCAGCGACCUGGUCGUGGAGUGGUGACGAUUCUACGACCGGAGUUAAAAGCGGUGGUGGCAGCAGCUUGGCUCAGUCGGACUUCGAUAUCUUUGAGUCCAUUCAGGAUGCUCUGGGCGAAUCGUUUGCCGGUUGGAGUUGGACGACAGCUGAUCUGAGCGGUAGCAAUAGCUACAGCUCGUCGGAUACUUGGUGGUCUGGUGGUGCGAUGUCGACGUCAUUUGGCGUCGGCUCGCGCUUCGACUCGCUUUGGGGAGUGGACGCUGGUGCGGUGGAUCCGUUCGGCGCCACUAACCUGAGCCGUUUCGAACUACAGCAUCUGUUCCCAUCACAGGUGCUUCUGCAGGCGUAG